AUGCGUUUCUUGACCCUCGCUUUCGGCCUCCUCGCCACCUUCUCGCUGUCCGCGGCGCAGACCUCGACUUCAACCGAUAACGCUUUCAUUGCUCCAGGUUCUGGCGCUGCGUUGACGGCCGGAAGCACUACUACUGUCACCUGGAAUCCUACUACUUCCGGUACAGUGUCGUUGAGAUUGCAAUGGGGUGCUACCACCGUUGCGACUGACGGUCUCAUUGUUGCUUCCGCUAUCAACAACACCGGUUCAUACUCCUGGGCUGUACCCAGCUCCAUCCCCAAGGAAUCUGACUACUUCCUCCGUAUCACUGACGACGCCGACACCUCGAUUGUCAACUACUCUCCCCGCUUCACAAUCUCUGGCGUCACCGGUUCCGCUUCUACCACCACCAGCGCGUCAUCCACUUCUACUUCUGCCUCUUCGUCAUCCUCAUCUUCCUCGUCGACUAAGUCCUCCUCAACCACCAGCUCUAGCUCCAGCUCCAGCUCCAGCUCUUCUUCCUCCUCAACUACCUUGGUGACCUCCUCCUCCACCGCAGCUGUGCCCUCAUCCACUGCCGCUUCGACCACCACCGCUGCAUCCACCACCGCAGCUGCAUCCAAGACUAGCGCUACUUCAUCCGCCACCACCGUCCCCAACAGCGGUGUUGGCGAAAUCAAGAUCCCCUUCGUGAUGGCUUGCGUUGCUGCUUUCGGUGCUUAUGCCUUGCUAUAA